GAAAUUAAAAAAUUGUAUAUCAGCUUUGAUUGCAAGCUGUAAGCACGAAUUCAGAAAAAUGUUAAGCAGCUGCACGUUAACAUAUGCAGAUCGAUAGAUACUGUUGUGUGAUGUUGGGCACUGUGGCAACUCUACCGAUAACUCUGCCUUACCGACGCUUGCCCAUUUAAAAUCUCAACGUCGCGAACGAGUGAAAAAACAGAAGCGACGCGCACAAAUUUCGAAUGACGUGCAUCUAUGAAGAGAUACUAAAGUAAUUAGUUUUUAAAAGGAAAAAAGUGUUCGCGACUAACUAGCAAUAAAUAAAUACCUUAUUAACUACAAGUGCGAGUGCAACAGAAUAAAUUAAAGAUAAGUGAUCGGAGUAAUUUGCAUUUUGGAUCCGCAACAGCAGCAACAACAACAACAGCAAUGGAUCCAUUUACCCAGCGCAUGCUCGAAAAGGCCGAACAGCGCAGUCGCGCACUCGGCAUAACAAAUGCCAGCAAAUUUCCAUUAGCUGAAUGCACUGUAACAAGCGAAGCGACGCCAGCGGCGACAACGACGACAUCAUCAGUGCCAAAAGGAAGCAGUGUUGCUAGCAGCGCAGCUGGCAAAGUUGUUAUCCUGGACAAGGCAACGCUUUCGGCAUCGCCCACCAAGCCGCUGCGUCACUAUGCGGCUGUGAAUAAGGAGAAUUUGGAAAUGGGCAUCGAGAUAAACAUAACUAGCGCCCAGCCAAUUGGGGUGCAAGUGGAAAUACAGGAGCAGGAUAUGAGCAGUGAUGAGGAUGAGGAGGAGCAGCAGACUGCAGCCCUAAUUACGAGCAAACCUAGCGCUGAGGGCGAUGUGGAGGAGCUUGUUAAUCAGCCAUUGGCUCGUCUGCGUGACACUUCGCGCAGUCGACUGCAGCGCAUGGGCGCCCUUUACUCCAACGCGGAUGCUUUGUCAUCGCCCAUACAUCGCACCGAGGGGCAGUUCCAUGCCGACGAUGAAGACAAUGUGGAUCGAGUGUCGCGUAGUCCACGGCGUGGCAAGCAACGACUUGGCAAGCUGGCCGCAUUGGCGGAUACAAUUAAUCAAUGGGAGGAUGACACGGCGCAUCAUGAUGUGCAUCGACCCCUAUUGGAUGCAGUGCCGCCGCCUAAGCCUGAUUUGCCCAGUCGCCCACCUAGAGGGGAUGUCGUGGAUGCAACAAGCAACAAGACCAAGCAAUUAAAAUGGGAUCCCAAGGUAUUGAGCUCAUUGGAGGCGCAAGGUUUUCAGCGACGCGAUUCUUCCACGAUUAAACAUACCUAUGAUUAUGCCAAACAGGAAGAGUCAACUGCACCAACAGUUGCCACAACGACGGCAACAGCAGCAGCCACAACCAAGCCGCCUUUGCCAGAGAAAUCAAUUGCAGUUAGUCAGGUGGCCAAAACCUUUAGCGCCGCAGCCAGUGCGCCCGCUCCUGCUGCCAAAUCAGUGCCAGCGCCCGCAGCCCAAGUCAAAGCUGGUCUAGUGUCUGGUCGUGCAGCCAUCUUCGAGAGCAAAGCAAACAAUGGACAAGCGCCGGCAGCCCAGCGCAAUCAAAAAGAUCCGUGUGAGCUGUCGCUAAAGGAACGCAUGAAGCUCUUCGAAACAGGCAAUGCUAAGGCCAUGCUGCCCAAGGCGCCAAUAGGCACAGCGCCCAGUAUUAACCAGAUACGAGCGGCGGCUGUGGCGGAGGAGCAGCCCAAGGCCCAUCCAGUUGCAGUGGCCAGCCAACAGAAUCAAGCAGCCAAGGCACAGCCAAAGCCUGAAAGCAAGUUGCGGGACAAGGUGGCCGCCUUGGUGGCCUCUGCUCAAAGCAGCGCAGAGAGUCGCAUCAAAGACAUUGAUAGACAGCGACAGGAGGAUAUGCAAAUCAUAGCCAAUCGCUUCAAUAAGCAAAAGGAACUCUUAACGAUAGCUGCACCAGUGGCUCCACCGCCAGCACCACCAGUCAGCAGCAAAGUGGUGCGCCCCAUGCCGCCACCACCACCACCACCCAUGACCUUGGCCAGCAGCAAACGGCGCUCACCUGGCGAUGUUAUUGACGAGGAGUCGAAGCGUGCGAGGAAAUCCCAUGAUCGUUUGUAUCCGGCGCUAUCCGAUCUUGAUUCCAGCGGCGACAACUGCUGCGCUACGGCCACUGCCUCGAUAAACGAUGACACCGAGGAGGAGCUUGAAAGUUGCAUGGAAGAGUCAGAUGUGGAUGUGGAGGAGAAGGAGGAGGAGGAGGAUCAGUCGCAGACUGAGGACAGCAGUGCGGGCAUGUGCAACGGCAGCCUAGGUCGUGAGAUCUUGCACACGGUGCAGCGCAAUGAACAACAACAACAACAACAACAGGGCAAAAAGGUACGCUAUGCCGAACAAGAUCAUUAUUUUAGUCAUGACGGCGAUAGCUCAAUGAAUUCAUCACAAGUCUCUGCGGGCAUUGAUGACUAUUUGGAUGAAGCCUUAGUGGGAGACUAUGCCAGUACACAGGAGGAUGACACCGAGGAUGAGCACAAUGCCAGUCAGCUAUCGCUGGGCAGCAAAGGUACAACAGCCUCCAAUAGCUUCUCCUAUCGUAGACCGGCUGCUGCUAGUGGUGCUCUCUGUCAGACAAAUGAGGAGCAAGAGGAGGCAAUGGAUGUACAGACACCAUUAUUAAAUGGCGCACAGCCUGUCAAAUCGGAGCUGAGCGUCAAUCAGGAUAAUGACAAUUUGGUUACGCUCGUGCACACCGUCAGCUUCUAUCGUCGCCAGCAGAAUGCCAGUAGCUCGAAUUCGACGCCGGUGCGUAAGAUUUGUCGUGAGCAGCAGAUUGUGCGCUCGGCUUUGAACAACGAUUGCCAUGCCAAGCACAAGCUGGAAUAUGAUUCACCGCAGCAUGUGGAGCCGGCUGCCAGCAGCGAGGAUGACGAGGAGGUACAGCAAGCACGCGAAUCAAAUGAUGCCGCUUUGGCGCAGGACAAGAUCAAGAAGCUGUUAGGCGAAGUGUGCAAACAGCAGCAGGUGAUUGGACAGGCCAGCCAGGCGCUCAAUCUGUGCGCAGCAACAGUUGAAUUUUCGGGCUCUACCGAAUCUGUGGAGGGCGAACGCUAUCUACUGCUAGCAACUCAUCGUCGUCAAGCCUGCUUGGAUGAGGUGCAGCGUCUGCGCGUGGAGAAUAGCGUAAGGCCAGUGGGUGCGCCCAAGGAGAAGGGCCUGCUUACCGUCAAGGAUAUCACCAUACCUUUGCGACAGGAAUAUGUGCGUAAAAUGGCAACGGGCAGCAUCAAUGGCCAUCAUUUGGUCUGCCUGCUCAAGUACAACGAGCACGUGCUGGCCACCAAGACGGUGCCCACCAUGCCAGGUCUGCUCUCUGUCAAAUUUCCCGAUGUGCUGCAGCUAAACAACGUCUAUGCGGACUUCAGAAUUACUCUAGAGAUUUAUGGCAUGCUGGCGCAGCGGGAUCAGCUGCCACACGAGCUCAAGUACCACAUCAAUGUGAAUAAGAAGAGUGGCAUUAAGACGCCCAAGAAGAAGGGUGGGGAAAAUCGUUUAGUUAUGCCCCCCGUUCAGAGUCCAGCCGGUCCCCAUGUGGUGCGCACGCCACAGCUGGUGCAAUAUGGUUUUGCCAUCUUUUCGCUGCGUGAGAUUCAACGCACCAGCUGGACGUUGACACAAGUUCUGGGCGUUAGUCCGCUGGAUGGCACCGUGCACAUGAAGGUCAAUUGCGAGCUGUCGGUGAGUGUGGAGUACAAGGGGUUCCUUACCAUGUUCGAGGAUAUAUCUGGCUUCGGUGCCUGGCAUCGUCGCUGGUGCUAUCUGAAUGGCUCCCUGCUCAGCUACUGGAAGUAUCCGGAUGAUGAGAAGAAGAAGGCUCCAAUGGGCAGCAUCGAUUUGAAUGCGUGCAGCUCACAGAAAGUGAGCACAGCGCCGCGCGACAUAUGCGCACGCUUGAAUACGAUGCUGCUCGAAUGCGAACGUCCUGCUCUAGACACAGAUCAGGAAUCGUUAAUAAUAGUACCCAAUGGACGGACGACAACGGUGCGGCAUUUGCUCUCUGCCGAUACCAAGGAGGAGCGCGACGAAUGGGCGGCAUAUCUGAACAAGGCGUUGACCUUGCUGCGCGCCUGGGGCACAACGCAUUGAGCAAUGGGUGGCAGCGGCAGCGGCAACUGAAGCAGACAGCAUUUGGUGACUGGGGCUUUUGCUUUAACUGUUUUAUUUAAGUUUUUAUUUUUUGCUAAUUUAAGUUGAUUUCUUGUCAUUUUUUGAUUUUGCUCUAUUUGCUCUGUUUACCAUUUAUAAAAGACCCAAGCUAAGAUAGUAUAUAUGUUC